AUGGGCAAAGAAAUUGAUGUUGUUGUCGGGAUUGAUUUUGGAACGACAUAUAGUGGUGUUAUUUCGUAUGAGAAAGGGAUUUCAAAGUGGGGUUAUCAAGUUGGACCCUUCAGUGAAGUCAUUCGCGGCUCCAAACUUUUGCUAGACGAAAGCCAAGCCCCGGAAUAUGCACCCUCUCUAGCAUCAAAGUUCCUACUUGGGAAAUACGGCAAAACUGCUGUUCAUGCCUCGGGAGAAUUUAUAGGACACCUUGUUCUACAUGUGAAGGACACUCUUCAGCGCCGGUUCGGUGAUGUAGCAAAGUCAAUGAGGCUGAAGUACGUGGUCACUGUUCCUGCUGUUUGGUCCGACAAGGCAAAAGACGCAACUCUUCAAGCAGCUAUAAUAGCUGGUAUUGAAACGAAGCAAAUUUUUCUUGUGUCGGAGCCUGAAGCUGCCGCUCUACAUUCACUGCAAACGAUCCAACCAAACUCGGUAGCAAAAAACGACGUCCUUGUGGUGUGUGAUGCAGGUGGUGGGACCGUCGAUUUAAUCUCCUAUAAAGUUCGAGAUAUCGACCCAUUGAGCUUGGAGGAGGUCACAGAAGGCACAGGAGCCGUUUGUGGAUCACUUUUACUUGACGAGAGAUACGAACGCCAUUUAAUGAAGAAGAUAGGCCAGAGUGAAUAUCAGGGUCUUCCAGCAAAAUCCAAAGAGGCUGCUCUUUCCUUUUGGAGAGAUAUGGUCAAGCCUAACUUCGGUGAGGAAUCAGACUGUGACUAUCUAGAUGUGGAUCAUUUCAUACCUCUCCCGGGAGUGGCAGAUCAACCUGAUAAGAAUAUAGAAGGUGGAUUUGUUCAACUUGAAGGCGUGGAGAUCAAAGAGAUAUUUGAGCCAAUAGUAUCAAGAGUUGGAGAAUUGGUUCGGACGCAGAUUGAGAGUAUUGCACAUCUAGGACUGAAUUCGAAGGCUAUCGUCCUCGUAGGGGGAUUUGGGUCCUCAGGCUAUCUCUUCCAGUGUCUAAAGGACAGCAACCCCUCUAUUUCAAUAUUGCAGCCACCAAAUGCCUGGGCAGCAGUCGUCAGCGGUGCUGUUUUCCGUGGUCUGGAAGGAAAUCGCGUAGAAGCAAGAUUUUCCCGCUCCUGGUAUGGUGUUACCUCGGAUACCACCUUUGAGAAGCAUCGCCAUGCGCGACAUUCUAAGCAUUGGUGCCAACUGAAAGAGAAAUGGCUCGUUCAUGAUUAUAUGACUUGGUACAUUAAGAAGUCUGCCAAGAUAUCUGAACGAGAGCCGAUCAAAUUCAAUUUUUUUCGAGCGGUCCGGGUGGACAGUGCCAGCCAAUUACGCUUUACGGACGAGCUGUUUUUCUGCAACGACAAGACAGCACCAGAAUUUCGUUCUGAUAGUAAGUACUUCGAGACUUAA